CCUUUUUUUUUUUUUUUUUUUUUCUUGCAUGCAUGUUCUAUUCUUCUUCUUAUCCAAGCAAUCCCAAGUCCUCUUUUUCCCCUUUCCGCCACCUUUUUUUUCUCUAUUAUAUUGUUGUUCUUAUGCUUCCUAGACUUCUCUCCCACUAUGUUUUCAGCUCUCAAACCAUGACAACCCCACAGGAAUUAUGAAUUCCCACCAAAUUUCCAAUCGCAUUCACUUUUAAAUUCCCCCACCCUUUGCCAAAAAACAAGGCCCGAUUCCCACCUCCCUCUACUCUGCAUGGCUAUCAGAGCCAUGGACGAUGCGAAGAAGCCAUCGGGGUGCGGCGUGAUGGUGUUCUACGGCGACAUGUUCCGCCGCCGUGGCUUCUGGCACCGUCGGUCAGCCUCGACGAGCUCGGUGCCCCAGCGAUCCCCAGAACACAGAAUUGCGAAGCUGCCAUCCUCCAACGGACGGCCUCAGCAGCCUGCAUCCGAUGACAAAGCCAUGGUGCUACCAGCAAAUUUAUCUCAGCCGCCUGCCACCAAGCCUGCAAGCAGCUCCAUGCCCGCUACUCCCAGUCCACGGAAGGCUGCUGCUUCCCGGAGACAGCCGGAGUCGAACAAGGCAUCGACGUCGGUUCAUUCGAGCAAUGGCCUGGCGGCAGAGCUUGACAGCAUGAUCUAUGACCACCGGCGAGCUAAGGGGAGCGGUAACUUGGUCCGGGUCUCCUCCGGCAAUGCGAUGGUCUAUGGGAACUUGGGCAACAUCAGGGGGAAUCAGAAUUCGACCAAUUCUCGAAACCGGGAUGUGUUUGAUUACCUCCCGAAGACUGCCAAGGAGUCAAGAUUGAAUGCCACUUGGAGGAACGAUUUCAGUUACCCUGGGACUAGUGGAGUGAUGGGCAAUAUAAUGAAGAACCCGGCAAAAGAACCAGUAGAGUCCCAACCAGAGCUGUGCCGGGCUCUUUCGAAGAGAUUAGAUCCGGAGGAGUUGAAGGAAAUGGGCAAUGAGGAGUACAAGAAGGGGAGGUUUGCCGAGGCAUUGGCUCUGUAUCAUCGGGCAAUUGUCAUGAAUCCAGAGGUGGCUUCAUACUGGAGCAACAAGGCGGCGGCGCUCAUGGGUUUGGGCCGGCUUCUCGAGGCAGUUGGCGAGUGCAAAGAAGCUGUAAGGAUUGAACCUUCAUAUUGCAGAGCGCAUCACCGGUUGGGUACUCUUUAUCUCAGACUGGGAGAAGCUGAGAAGGCAAUUCACCAUUACAAGCUAUCACGAAAGGAAACCAGCUCUAAUGACUUCUCACAAGUGCAUGCUCUCCAGACCCAUUUGGCCAAGUGUAAUGAAGCACGUAAGCAAAAGGAUUGGCUCACUGUGUUAAAGGAAUCACAGGCUGCUGUCUCUGCUGGUGCCGAUUCUGCACCACAGGUCUUUGCAUUGCAAGAGGAGGCACUUCUGAAGCUCCUGAGGCAUGACGACGCAGAUUCAGUGUUAAAUGGUGCACCCAAAUUUGACAUUGAAGCAUCCACCAAGUUCUAUGGUGCCGCUAGGAAUGCAUACAUCCUCAUAAUCCGAGCACAGGUUGAUAUGGCUUUGGGAAGGUUUGAGGAUGCAGUCGUAGUGGCUCGAAGGGCGUCUGAACUUGACCCCAGCAACCGGGAGAUAGGCGUCGUGGUCCGGAGAACCCAUGCAGUGGCAUCUGCCAGGUCCAAAGGCAAUGAUCUCUUCAAGGCCUCCAAGUAUGGCGAGGCAUGCAUUGCUUAUGGAGAAGGCCUUGAUCAUGAUCCACAAAAUUCUGUUCUUCUUUGCAACAGAGCUGCUUGCCGUUCAAAGCUAGGCCACUGGGAGAAAGCCAUCGAGGACUGCGAUGUUGCGCUUAAUGUGCGUCCUUCGUACAGCAAAGCUCGUCUGAGGAGAGCUGACUGCAAUGCAAAGAUGGAAAGGUGGGAGGCAUCAAUAAAGGAUUAUGAAGUGUUAGUACAAGAAAUCUCAGGAGAUGAGGAGGUGUGCAGGGCCCUCUUUGAGGCUAAAGCCCAACUCAAGAAGCAACGAGGCCAGCAAGUGCGCACGGUUCAAUCCUGAUGUUCUAAAUGUCAAUUAUGGGGAAUCAUCAUAUUGGCUGCUGUCUGUUGCUGUGCUCCUCAGCAAAUUUGAUUAAAGCUUCAACAUGAGCAGUUCUUUGUAUGCAGCAACACUGCAUGCAUGCUAUACCCUUCUUAUAAACACCUCAUGGAAAACAUUCUUCUGAAAAGAAGAUGAUAUCCAUAAUGAUGUACAUACCGGUGGAUCCUUUAUGGUGAUAGUUUCUGGAGACCCAUCAUCUAGAAUUUAAAUUUGCAGGUAUUUGAAUAGCCAAUUAUAGAAGAUCUGUUGAAGCAAAUGGGAACUCGCAAGUGGUGGCAGGCAUCAUUGGAAUGGAGAAAAUAUGGAGGGUAAAUGAAAAAGGAAACAAGAAAGUCUUUCACCAGGACAGAAGGGAAAACUACAUGAUGGGUGCACUGCGACCAUUUUUUCCUCUGUUUCUCUGAUGUAUAAACAAUGCAAAAAAUAGUCAUAUUCUUCUAUAUCGAACAUCUUUCUGCUCUAUUAUCAUGACUAAACACUCGAUGUUUUCCUGCUCCAAGGUGUCUUGUUCUGGCUCUGCAGUAAACUUUCGACUUUCAGUGAAUUUAAUAAUAAUCGAAGUGUUUAUAUUUGCUAA